AUGUCAACUAAAGAGUCAAAGAAGGAGAAGGCUCGCGAAGUCAUCGACAUUUUGCAAGAGAUCUCGGUCCUCUUAAACACCCAGCUUGAUCGCACUCAGCUCUCAUUAUGUGUCUCGCUGAUGGAAAAUGGGGUAAAUCCGGAGGCACUUGCUAACGCUAUCAAUCAACUCCGGCGUGAGAGAGUCGAAACUCAGCCUGAAUCCGGCAUGUCAAGUCAGAAUGAUUGA